AUGACGAAGAGGACUAUUAGAGUGGCCUUGUUGAUCAAUGAUACUCCCGUGCCAGCUGUGAUAGAAGAAGAUGGAACGUAUUACGAUAUAUACAAACGAUGGCUCUUACAGUCAUUAUCUACAUAUCCCGAUACUGCCAUAGCGAAAAAUACAGAAUUGAUAAUUGAUGGAUAUGAUGUGGUGGACAAAAGAGAAUAUCCACCUGAAGAUAGGUUGUUGGCGAAUUCGAAAGAUGGUUAUGACGCUAUUAUGUUGACUGGAUCAAAACAUACCGCCCACGACUCGUCCAACCCAUUCGUCCCACCUUUAAUCUCCUUCAUUCGACGUCUCACUUCAUCUCCAGAAUACAGCCAUCUGAAAUUCAUUGGGAUCUGUUUUGGACACCAGAUCUUGUCUCUAGCGUUGGGUGGGGAAUGUGCUAGUGGACAGAAUGGAUGGGAGAUAGGUGUAUAUGGAUGUAAAUUGACGGAGGAAGGGAAGAAGUGGUGGACUUGGCAUGUGGACGGUCAAGGUGGUGACGAUAAAGUGUAUCUGGAACAAAUGCACCGAGACCACGUCCCUUUCGUUCCACCAUCGUGUCAUCUCCUCCUCUCCACACCUCAAUACCCUGUUCAUUCUUUCGUCCGCUAUCACCCCCUUUCCUCACCUUCCGAUCCCAUCGCUCAGAUACUGACCGUUCAAGGUCAUCCGGAAUUCACACCUUCCAUCGUAUCUCACAUCAUAGAUGCUAGAAGUUCCACCGGAGUGUUCAGCCCAGAAGUCACGAAGGAAGCGAGGAGAAGAGCUGGUGGGAAAGGUACGGGUGGUGAAGGGUAUGGUAGGAUUGGCUGGAGUGUUUGGAGAGUGUUGCUGCAGAACGUACCAGUACCAGUUCAACGAUAG